AUGGAUGCGUGCAAGGCACUACUAGUGCUGUGGUGUUUUGUACUGGCGGCUGCUCAUGAAGUGUCCCACCCACAUUAUGGCUCCAAGGUCCUGUCGCGGAGGAAGAGAUACGUCGUCUUCCCUGAAGGCAGCUCGUUCGCCGGCUGUGGACCGCCGCUACCCGUGCUGCAGGUGGCGUUCUGCCUGUCGUGGAAGGCGCUGACGGGCGAGAGCUCCAUCUUCACGGGCGGCAUGGCGUGGGGCGUGUCCUACGACCUGCCCAACGAGACCCUCUCCGACACCAAGGGCCCCGUCCUGCCGGCGCCCCAGGUGUUCCGGCGCCACCGGCGAGACCUCUACCGCCGCGUCGAGGCGGCGCUCGACUCGGCCGGGCUGGACGGCCGCGCAUGCGUGCUGCGCACCCUCUGCGAGACGGCGCAGCGACUCAGGCCUCGCAGCUCGCUCUUCCUCGAGAUAUUCAGGAUCCUGUUCACGCUGCCCUUGGAGAGAGUGGAGCCACACGAGCCCAGCGAACACCAGGAGUACGACUCCGCCCACCGCGGGGGACUGGCCAACCACAACUGCGUCCAAAUGUACCCCGCGUGCACCGUCUCCAUGCUGGACUUCCUGCUGCAGGAACCCCAGACAGACUACGAGUGA